AUGGCCAUCACGAUAGCUACACGUAACUCUAGACGUACGAGAGCGGAUCCUGUAGAAGGAGAUGAUGUAGUCCCUAUAAACCCUCCAUCCUCUUCAGACCAUAACGAAGAAGAUCGCCAACGGGACGACCUGCCAGGAACAGAUAACCCUGCUGACGAAGACCUGGACGGGGAAGCUAUAGAAGAACAAAGAAGAAACGUCGUAGCCAGAGAAAUCGAUAACUUGAAUCGAGAGGCUGCAGGUCACCCGGUACCGGCAGAAGACGAAGACGACCCAGCACCGCCUCCCACCGAGUCUGAAUCACACGAUUCAGAGAGUGAUGACAGUUCUGAUUCAUCGUUCUCGACAGAUUCGUCUUCAAAUGACUCAUCUCAAGACUCGGAAGAGUCCUUGGAGGAAUCGUCAACUUCUGACGAGUCUGAUAGCUCAGAAGGGAAGAGCUCCGGGAAGAAGAAACGCAAACAGAAAUCGAUGAGAUCUUUAAACAAGAUUAUCAGCCGAGCAAAGCGCGAGAAAGCCAAGAUGAAAGGCAAAGCCACUGACAAGCUGAAAUCACAGCCCCUAAUGAUGUCGAAAAUUCUGAGACCAUUAGCAAAAGAUGCAGGAAAGGUCGAUAAGUCAGCUAGUCAUUCUAAAUCAAGCAGAAAGAAGACGAAGGUGACUAAGCAGAACGGCAUACGUUUCCAAUCCGGGAAACCAUGCAAGUCCCUGCCUCCGGCUCUCCAGCCACACUGGAAUCAAGCAAUGAAGAAGCUGAACGAGCUCGUUCCUUUAACGGUCUUGAAUCCGACUUUCGUCCAGAAAGAUCAAAUUGAAAGUCAGAAGAAUCAGAUGUCUUCCUCCUCUACGAAAUCCAAGAGAAAUCGAGGUUUAACUCCACCAUCUGAGUACGCUAUGAGCUUCGGAGAAUGGUUAGAUGGCAUUACAUACCUUCGGAAGUAUUUAAAAUCGACGUACGAGUUUAAGAUCAUCUCGGACCAACUAAGGAAACAUGUGAAACAUGUGAAAGAGAUAAAGAGCUCCAACGAGUGUUGGAUGGUAGCCCUACGCUAUGAUCUCCUAGUUAGAUCACACCUCUUUUGUUAUCGCGCCAAAGGGGUCCCGAUGCCAGACGCAGGGAUUUAUGUCGAAAAAUUUGAACGUUUGGCAAGAGAAAAAUCCACCAGAAUGGGUGAAUUCUCUUUUGGCGACACAAACCCCUACGCGAAAGGAGCCAGAUUCGAACAUAGAGAUCCUAUCACUGGGGUGUGGGAAGACAACUACAUCCAGAAAAAGAAAGCUCCAUCAGCAAGCGAGUUCAAGCUCGACUCAAAGACGGGUACCUAG